AUGCUCUCCUCAACACGCUCCAGCCUGCGCCUUUUAACCGCACGUUCGUCACGCUUCGUUCCCCGCGCGACUUAUACCUCCACGGCCCCCCGUCUCUCCGAAAAAUCCGACAAUGGUGUUCCGACCACUCACAAAAAGGUCACCAGCACGCCGGAGUCGCACACGGUGCCCUCGGAUUCAAUAGAGCGUGCGGACAAGGCUGUGCAGAUGCAGGCCCCGAAUAGAGAAGUUACAUGGGCGAAGAGCCAACAGCCAAGGGAGGCUGCUAUGUCUGGGCCUAGAUUUGAGCAGACCACCAUGGAGUACCAGCCACGACCGUAUGCCGCAAUUGAAUUGAUCCACAGACAGCCUGUGAGAUGGACGAAAGAAAGAGUCGUUUCUUGCGAUGGAGGUGGUGGACCAUUGGGCCACCCAAAAAUCUUCAUCAACACCGAUAAACCCGAGAUUGCGGUCUGCGGCUACUGUGGACUUCCCUUCGCGAAUGAACAUAACCGCAAGUUUCUUGAAUCUCUUCCCCAAACAUCGUACCCCCUGGAGCCUGUUGGACAUCCAGCCGAAGUUCCGGAAUCGCAACGAGUUACAGAUGGCGCAUUUGAACAGCGGUAG